GGCACCUUUUGCCCCUCUCCAUGCCUAGACCAGGCCUCAUCUUUGCCGCUCUUCUUCUUCUUCUUCUUCUCGCCUUAAUUCAUGAGACCUGCAGUGCCAAAGAUAAACAUUACUGUCCACCUUCUUCUUGUGGAAAUAAUUCGAAUAUUAGCUACCCUUUCAGAUUAAACACAGAUCCGCCUAAUUCCUGCGGAAUGACUGCAGAUCCAAUAUAUACUCUAUUCUGUGAGAACAACCUUACAGUAUUGUACUCUGAUCAAUCAAGAAAAUUCUACGUGAAAGCAAUCAAUUAUGACAAUCAAACAAUUCGAGUAGCUGAUGCUAGUGUUGAGGAAGGGAGCUGCUCCAUACCUCAAUAUUCUUGGGACGCCCAAUAACUUCUCAACGUUUUCAAAAUAUUAUAAUUAUUCUUCUUCUUCUUAUUAUUAUUAUGAUGCCUAUUUUGAUGCUUUUUGGGUGGAUGUUCUUUUCAUAAGUUGUGGAAAUCUUGUAAGUGAUCCUCUUUAUGUGGAAGCUCCUGCCUGCAUCAAUGAAAGCUCUUUCUCCACUCCUUCUAGGCCUAAAUCUGAAGGCAAAAGGUAUUAUUAUGUGAAAAUUGGAAGGACAACUGCACUUGAGUUAAAACCCUCAUGCCGUAUUGAGCUAAUGGCACUUACACCUUUCAUAUGGGAGAUGAAUUACGGGAACCUCUCCUACCUGGACAUCCACCAUUGGUUAGCAUAUGGAAUUGAGUUGUCGUGGAGGUUUGUUUCAUGUGGAGAGACAGAGUCUUCCUGUAUUAAUAUGGAAAACCAGUGUGUUAAUGUUUCUCAUCCUACAUAUCAUGUGACAGUGAACGAAGUUUUCAACAGAGGUAUCAAUUGGCUCAGUUAUCAUUUACCUUGUGAGUACCUCUAAGCCACAUCUUGUUCAAAUAUAUAUUAUAUAUAUAAAGAGUAAAAUCUUAAGUAGUAUAAGAAGGGUAUAGAGUCAACUCUGUCUAUUUUGUUUCUUUUUCUUCUCUCCCUUUGAUUCUCUAAAAAUGAGUUUGACUUUAUGGUAAUUUUAUAAAUAUUUUGAUCCUUA